UUGACUGGGUGAGAAAAAAUAAAGCAACAAAUAAAAACAAUAAAUAGACACGUAAGUGGAUUAGUGUGUCUACGUUAUUUGCAUCACGAAAUCGGCAAAAUAUUGGCUAACAUAAAAUAUUUAGCCAAUAUAAGUUGAAUUGCAUCUGUUAAAUGUGGUUGUGAAAAGCACAAAAUAAGAUAAAUUAUAUAAAAAUAAUCAUUGCUAUAGUUACAUUUCUUUCAUUUAAUAAGUGUGAAAGUGUUAGAGCGAAAACCAUAAUUCUCUACUCUCUGUUGUUUGCAACAAAACUUUCACUACACCGUUGUUUAUGCACAAAUAGAAGGGGCAGAGAGAGAUUACUUAUAAUAUCUAAAUAAAGUCCACGCUAUUAGUGUAAGUACACUGCAUAUAGUGGAAACUAAUCUAAUAAACGUGCAAAAGUCCCUGAAAAGGUGAGUGGGAACCUUGAGCAAUGUCUGCGAAGCAUUUGAUACGCAAUGGUGCGUGGUAUUUAGCGCUGACGCUGUGUUUCAUAUUGUGGAUACGUCAUUGUAGUGGAUAUUUUAACACCCCCGAUGAUUUCGAUAAAAGCAAAAAUUGUUUUUGUGAGCUAAAGGGCUCAAUAAACGAUUGUAGCUGCACUGUGGACACGGUGGAUCACUUCAAUAACAUCAAAAUAUAUCCACGCUUGAAAUCACUGUUGGUGAAAAACUUCUUUCGUUUUUAUAAAGUUAAUUUAAAAAAUUCAUGCCCUUUCUGGCCAGAUGACAGUAAAUGCGCUAUGCGUUUUUGCCAGGUGCAAAAUUGUGAUGAACAACAUAUACCCAAAGGUCUGAUUGAGGAAAACGAAAAUACUAAUUCAGCAGCCUUCAAGUACACCAAAGAAGCUCAAUCGUCCUCAUGCUCCGAAGCUGAGGAUUACAACAGUGUUUUAAGUUAUUUGGAUACAAGUCUUAGCGAUCAGGCUCAUCGUGAGUUCGAACGUUGGGCAAAACACGAUGAAGCGGAGGAAGAUUUUUGUAUACUAGAGCAUCAGAAUAAAGGCUCCCAAUAUGUGGAUCUACUCAUCAAUCCUGAACGUUAUACAGGUUAUAGAGGGGAAUCUGCGCAUCGUAUUUGGCGUAGCAUUUAUAUGGAAAAUUGUUUUGGGCGUAAAAAUGAAUCGAAAUCACUGUCAGAUUUUAUACCACAUCUUGAUUUGAAUGACAUGUGCUUAGAGCAACGAGCUUUCUAUCGCAUCAUUUCUGGUCUACACAGCAGUAUCAAUAUACAUUUAUCAGCUAAGUACUUGUUAUCGGAAUCGAAAGAUUUUCUCGAUCCACAAGGUAUCUGGGGACCAAAUGUAGAAGAGUUUAAGCGCCGAUUUAGUCCCGAGACGACAAAUAAUGAAGGUCCUCAUUGGUUGCGUAACUUGUAUUUUAUAUAUUUGGUCGAACUGCGUGCAUUGGCCAAAGCAGCGCCGUAUUUGAGGCGGGAGGAGUAUUACACGGGCAUAGCGGAGGAAGAUGAGGAAGUGAAAUUGGCCAUAAAUGAUCUACUAUCGGUUGUGGAAUCAUUUUCCUCGCAUUUCAAUGAGAAUGUGCUAUUUUCGAAUGGUGUAGCCUCUUUGAAGUUUAAGAAUGAGUAUAAAGAAAAAUUUCGAAACAUAUCUAGAAUAAUGGACUGUGUGGGUUGUGAUAAAUGCAGGCUGUGGGGCAAACUCCAGACACAAGGUCUCGGCACUGCUUUGAAAAUUCUGUAUUCGGAAAAAUUGAAUGUGGCGACAGAAAGUGGGUUGUGGGAACGACCGCAUAUAGAAGAGAAUCCAAUUUUCAAGCUCACGCGUACGGAAAUUGUAGCGCUAUUCAAUGCAUUUGGCAGACUCUCUACAAGUAUUUUUGAGAUGGAGAAUUUUCGAAAGGUGUUGCGGUAAUGGACAUGCAUACACAAAAAUAUGUGAACCACUUGCCGUUGGUUAGCAACAACAACAACAACAACAAUAUCAAUGUUUUACAAGUAGUAUUUAUUUAGCAUAUAUAGUCGAUUCUGUAGAGGCACCAACAAUGGUUUCCCCUUUUUACCUCGUCCAAACUGAAAUUAUAUUACUAAUAUAGAAAAUUCUUGGUAUAGCUAAAUUUAAGUUUUUAAUUUAAGUAAAUUUAAUUAAUAGAAUUGUUAUUAUUUGUAAAAAGACGAAUUUGUUACUUAAAUACUUCCCAUUAAAAAAUAGUGCAAUCGUAUAAUGAAGUUUGAAGAAGAGGAAAUAUUUAUUAUAGUAAAACAAAAAUAAAAAAAAA